AUGUCUAAGAAAAACCUUCUACAUUACUAUCCGGACGGAGAUAUAUUGAUAAUAGUAGAGGACACCAUGUUUUGCCUACACAGAAACAUUAUGGCUCUAGCCUCUAAAUUUUUUCAAGACAUGUUCACCUGCGCUUCAGCAUCGUCCGAUGAUAAUGGCAGUAAUCUAACCGGAUUAACAUUAGAAGGAGAAUCUGCAUUAACUUUUGAAAAUGUCUUAUCGCACAUAUACCCUAACACCUAUCUACCCAUCGAUUGGAAAAAUGUUACCGAAAUUCUGCGACUCGCUGAUAAAUACAUCAUGGAUUCGGUGGUAUCGGCUGCAAAAACAUUCCUCGAACGUGAAUUCCGUAAGGAGCCAUUGUGCGCAUUGUAUUUAGCCGACAGGUAUUUAUUUAAAGAUAUUUACAAGGAGGCUUCAAAAUUAGUGCUAGAAACAUUUCCAGAUUAUAAAAUAAAGAGUACGUUUCGAGAACUUUCGAUACAAACACGUAACGCAUUGACUAAUCGGUAUUUAGAGUAUACAGACGCACUAGGAAAGUUGAAUAAAGUUGAUUUCACCUCUGGAUAUUUGCACUGUACGGAAUGUUUAAAUUCCAUAAAUCAUAACAGAGAAAUCAAUGAGAAACUAGUGAAUAAAGUUAGACAAAUUCAGGUGCUCCCAUUACCAUUGCCUCCCAUAUCUCCAUCGACUACACAGAAGAUAUUAUUUCAAUCGAUUGGAAGUACAACUUGUGACAAUCAAUUCAUGAUACAUCAACUUUCUAGGAAACUUCAAAAGCAUUUUGGAACGUUCGAACCAUUAGAAUGUAAAAAACAUAAAAAAGAACAUAAGUUUUAUUUAUUUAUUGAACUAGGGUAG